AUGCGCCUCUUCUUUGCUCUGCACACCUUCCUAAUAGCCGCCUUUUCCACGCAACUUGGGCGCUGCUACAGCGGUCUUAACCCCCCUCACCACUGCAUAAGUAAUUUCACGCUGUCAAAACUGAGCAACAGUUACCACGUAAAAAAUGACAUAAUCAAUUAUGGCAGAUUUAAAUAUGUGUACACUAUUAAGAAUCACCCCAUCCACCAUGUAACGACGAGGAUCCUUGAUCACCUGAAAAGGGAGUCUUCCUUCUGGGUAGUUUACAGCAAGUGCCCACUGUACCAAAAGAAUUUAUGCUUUAAUGAUAUUUUGAUUAAGAACACAAAUGAUACCACAUCUGCGAGGAAUAACUUUUACUUUUCGGACUCCCUUUUGUACAUCCCCCAGGCGACGUCUCUCUUUCCCCAUGUUUGUCACUUGCUAAGGGGGGAGCAAAAGGGGAGGCACGUUCCACAUUGUGGGGGGACACCAAAUGGGGGCAUACCCACGAACCAAACAGUGAUACAAAGUGAAUGCACUGUCGAAGAAGCAACGAAUGAGGAAGUGCCCCGUCUGUCCUUGCGUGAGCAUUGCCAAAAUGGGGACAUCGAAAAAGAUGCAGAGCAAAACGAACAAACUGCAGAGGGAGAGUACCACAACGCGCCGUCACAGCCAGACCGCGGCACAGACAACAUCCUCAUCAUCUCGAACGUUUUCAGAAAAGACAAUAUUGACAAAUUGCACUUUCCAUUUUUUAACCAAAUGGAUAUAUAUAUAAAAAUAAAAAACGAACUGAUAGGUAAGAAGAAACAGCUCCUGUACUUUCUCUGUUCACUGCUAGACUCACUCUUUGGCAAGACACAUAAAUGGAGGAUAAAGAAAGACUCCUUCGAUUUUACCAGGAAUUCGUUGCAAGCAGAAGUUUAUCACAACGGCAAAUGGGUUGAAAUUUUGGGUUGUGGAAUCUUAAAGGAAAAAAUUCUCUUUCGAAAAUGGAAGCAGUAUGAUGUGGGUGAUUACUUAGCCAUAGGGUUAGGGUUGGAUAGAAUAGCCAUGAUAGUGUGGGAGGUCAACAGGAUACGGGACCUAUAUUUGUACAUUACGAACACGGCAGGGAAUACUUUAUUAACAAAAAAAACGAACACAGAGGGGGGGGAAAAAGACACGGUUGAAAAUAUUAUUGGGCAUGAUGACAUUCCAGGGGGAGACACAAAUGGAGAUGCAUCAGUUCGAACAAGUGGAGAUGUAUCUGUUCAAACGAAUGGAGAUGUAUCUGUUCAAACAAAUGGGCCAGCAUCCCUGAGGGAAGAACCCGUCGGUGAUGAAAACAUCCUAGUAGAUUCCCCCAAGUUGGAGGGAACCCAUUUGAGGAACGCAUUACUGAACCAUUUGUCGAGGAAAAGGGAUCCAAAUCGACCAAAGAGCGAUUUCUUUCUGUACUUUUUAAAUUUAUAUAAUAUACGACACGAGGAGAGAGAUGUUUCCUUUUAUGUUAACUCAGAGUGGGACACGGAGCUCUUCACAAAAACGGUUCUUCAUUUUGCACCCCCUGUGGGAGGCAAUCGUUUGCUCAGGCGGGUUCUACUUCUAGAUGUGUUCACCCAUAAAGGCUCCAGAAGGACCAGUUACACGUACAAGUUUCUGUACGCCGCGCCGGCAAGCAUACGGAAUCAGCAGACCUUCAGAGGCUUCGUGAAGGAGCUGCACGAACAGUUGGUGCGCGAGAUCGUUCGCAUGUUUAACGUGAAUAUUCGAUGA